AUGGCUUAUCUUGUAACUCAACCAUGCCUCACAGAAGAAGUCUGGGGAAGCCAAACACUCCAAAGACUUGUGAAGCAGCUUCAAUAUUUUAACCAAUUACCUAGAGCAAAUGAAGAAAUAAAGAAGGAUUGUUGUGGUAUUGGCUCAGAUUUUGGACUUUUCAAGUCACUGGAAGUCAAAAAUGAUCAGUCUUCUUGUGUCAAUUGGAGGGAGAGGAGAGCAGCAGUUUUGAUAUGCCUCUUUGAAGGCCAAGAUGGUGAAUUACGAGUUAUUCUUACAAAGAGACCCAUGAAAUUGUCAUCUCACCAAGGGGAUGUAGCAUUAUCAAGUGGGAAAGUGGAGAAAGUAGAUGCAGAUGACUCUACUACUGCCUUAAGAGAAGCCAAUGAAGAAAUUGGCUUGGAACCUAAUCUAGUUCAAGUUGUUGCCACUUUAGAGACUUUUAUUUCCCAGGCCUACUUGUUAGGAAAGGAGAUUUCAGACCUUUACUCAAUAUUAAUGAAGUUGAUGCUAUUUUCAAUGUUCCAAUGGAGAUGUUUCUUGUACUUCUCACUUGAUCUUGAGUCAUUAACUUUUAGGGUAUGGCUUGUGUCCAAUGCUUUGGAGCACUAGAUGGGACCCAGUGAUAAUACGUGUUAAGAUUGUGUCUCGUACAAUUAUUUAGUGUAUUGGACAGAAGUCUUAAAAUAACUUUUGUGUGAAGGUUA